AAAAAUGUACUUUGAGAUAAAAUGUUCGAAAUUAAAAAUUAAAUAAUACUACACUUCCUCUAAACGUCUAAGCCAGGACAUAUGGACGUCCCGAAAGCAUUCUUCGGAACACCGGGACGCGAAGUUCAAAACCAGUGACUAUCCCGGUUUUCAGGAACAUAUGGCAACCUUACCGUUGUAGCAUAUCACUCGAGGCAGCUUAAAACAGUUACGAAAUUUCACGCUCGAUCGCUUACUCUCUUCGUCCAAGGUGUACACAGCACCGGCACUCGUCGUACGUUCGGGCCCGCUCGCCGUCGCGCCAAUUCUGUUCCGCCGAAUCGUCAAACGUUCCGAACGUCGUCGCGCCGUUGGUAAAUUUAGACGUGCGCACGUUGCCCGUACCGGCGUUAUUGUACGUGACCGCGGUGGACCAGCAGCAGGACGGCAGCAUGGACGCGUGUUUUAGCGCCUUCGACAAGGACGGUGAUGGUUUUUUAAACAUUGAAGAGUUCGACGGCAUCUGCAAAGGACUCUUCCGUAACGACCGAGGAAUUGUGUACAGUCUUGAUACUAAUACGCUUGAACAUAUAUUUAACAUAUUUGAUACGAAAAAGGAUGGGUUGAUCGAUAGACAAGAAUUCACUAUGUGUUGGAACAAAUGGAUCAAGACGAUUAUAAGGCCUGUCAACAUAUUCCUCAUUAUAGACGUACAAAACGAUUUCAUAUCAGGUUCAUUGAACAUAAGCAACUGUUCAGCACAACAGAACGGUUUGGAGGUUAUUGAGCCCAUCAACCGUCUGUUGGACACCGUGAAUUUUGAUUCUGUGUUUUAUUCAUAUGACUGGCACCCGACCGAUCACAUAUCAUUCAUCGAGAAUUUGAACCUACGACCUUUAGACCCGUCGUCCCCGGUCAACGUCGAAACCGCCCAAUUGUACGAUACCGUGGUGUUUGAAGGGUCUCCAAAAAUCAAACAGCGUUUGUGGCCAAAGCACUGUGUACAGGAUUCGUGGGGCGCUCAGCUCUAUAAAGAUUUAAAGGUCGUGGACAAUGCAAUGAAAAUAUAUAAAGGGACAAUAUCGGAUGUGGAUUCGUAUUCGGUGUUUUGGGACAACAAAAAAUUGACGCAGACCACGUUGGGCACUCAACUAUCUCAGUUGAACGCUACCGAUAUUUACGUAUGUGGAUUGGCCUAUGACGUUUGUGUUGGUGCAACAGCAGCAGAUGCAUUAUCAAUUGGGUAUCGAACAAUAUUGAUUGACGAUUGUUGUCGUGGCGUUAAUUUAAAUGAUAUAGAAAAAACAAAAAACAGUGUAAUCAAAAAUCAUGGUGUCAUUGUUCAGUCAAAUGAGGUAAAAACAAUGGUCGAAGGUCGAGAUAGAAGGCCUGAACUGGGCUAUAAAUUGGCAUUAGAAAUUGAAAAAUCUAUGAAAAAAGAUAUAGAAAAAGAUAAAUUCAACUAAGUUUUGAUGUACUUAUAUGAUAAAUCUAUAAAUGAUAACUACUUGAGAAGUAUUAAUUAAGUUAAGUUAUUGUCAUUAAAUAUCAAAUAAUUUGUAAAAUAUUUUUUUUUUAGUUGUGUUGGGUUCUUGUAUAUAAUUUAGUCAAAAAUAUAUUAUCUGAAAUUAUAUAUUGAAUUGUUUGAAAUAAAUAGACCACAUAGCCAUUUUUAAGUGCACUUUUAAUAUAU